GCCAACUCGACUGGCGACUGGCAGGUACAUAUCGCCAGUCUCUUUCCUCCUUGCUACUCUUAGAAGCAUCCAUGGCAAGCAAUCCAGCCAAUCGUAGCGUCCUGGGGUCGUCCCAAACGAGCAACUCGGGACAGCGGACGCAUCAUCGACGCCCGUCAGAGGUACACCGCCGGACACCGAAGCAUCCGGACUUGAAAGAAUGGUCUUCAAACUCGAUCUCGUGGACACUUCGUGGCGUGUCCACGCUGUUCCAGGGAUAUGUGGAUGUGGGCGAGUCCGCAACGGGCGAGAGGGAAUAUCAGCUGUUCCACAGCGAGAUCGGAGAUGGCCGAUACCACUUGGAUCUCGUGGUGGCCGACUCUAAGUUUCCUGUCGGCAUGAUCAGCGAGGAACCUGGUCUCGACUCGGACGACGACAACCCGGUGCCUCCCUCUCCUUCCCCUCGACAGCCCAAUUUAUCGCUUCAUCUCUACCUCGGCCUGAUCGGCGCACAGGAUAUCCCUCGCGAACGGGCCAUUUCCACCUCCAUCUUUCUCGGUCUCCAACCAGGCGAAGCCGGGGAUGAACGUUCGAGAAAGAGCACCAGUAGUUCGACCUCGGAAUGGAUGUACAAGAAAUGGAAGGAGUGGCAAUUUUGCGGGGAGACGGAUUGGUUCCAAUACGAGAUCCUGCCUCUCAGCGAGAUUCUGAACAACGCGCUCGUACUAGAACAGAACGCCUUCACUCUAACUCUCCACGUCAAAGAGCCCGACGACUCCGCUGUGGAACCUCUGAAAGACGGGUUACAGGUCGUCCCCUCUGAUCUGCUCAAGGGGCUAGCAAAUUCUUUGGAUAACAAGAACACCGGGGACGUGCAAUUCGUCUGCCUGGAAUACGGAGAUGAAACCAAUCUAUCAUCAGCUUCGGUAUCGACCUCGAAUCUGAUGAGCCAAACUUGCCCUCUGUCCCGGACGGAAUCGAGGACGACCUCGAGCUCGCAUGUCGAACGGGAAGCAGACCAAGACCCGUUCGUAUUCCGUAAACGCAUUUUGUACGCCCACUCCGAUAUCCUCAAGCAUCGGAGCGAGUACUUCAAGGACAUGUUGGAAUUCAACGAGUCGUGUCGCCCAUCGACCGCUCCGAGGCAAGGGCAAGAUCAGGAUGCGGAACGCAAAGUAGAGACGAUCCACUGUGAAGACACAGAUUAUCAGACACUCUACUGGAUGCUUCGGUGGAUCUAUACCGAUGAUCUCGAGUUUUCAGAGGAGGAUGACGUAAGGCGGGUGGUCAGCCGGAAUGGUAUGUCGGGUGAUCUGCAGGCGAAGAGGGUCCUGGGUGUCAAAGGAGUCGUUCCAAUGCGGGAUGAGUGGGCCUGGCACUCUUCCCAUGCAGAAGGAGAUGUUGACGGGGAAACCAUCGGAAUGCUAGGUGGUGACAUGGAAAGGCUAGGCUCGGACACGAGUCCCCAGAUGGGGUCUUCUAUACUGUCGCUGCCCGGCUCGGUACUUUCGACUGGGUCGCGAGCAUCCAAGUCGCCAGGGGCAUCGAAUCGUGACAGGUUGACCGGCACUUCCAACGGGUCUAGGCCAUCUCCAGCGGUCACUCCAACUCGAAUUCGACCGACUGCAGGGGAAAGCAAGCUCCCCAGCGGAGUAGGGCCGAGCGCCGCAAAGCCCUCAAAUACCCCAUCGCGAUAUAACGGCGGGAUCAAAGCACCCUCUCAGACCCGUCCUGUCAACGCCUCUCCUCCUAUCAAUACCCGUCGUCCCGUAUCAACAGCAGUAACAACCUCCCCACCAUCGCGCCUUCCCACCCAUCGUCCGCGAGACCCGCAUUGUCAUCCGACACCAGCCCCACCCUCAGCAUCCAGCUUCGCCAUCUACGUCCUGGCGCAUGAAUACAACCUCGUCGGCCUACAACAAGUCGCUCGGAGCGUGCUGCUUGAUAAACUUACCCCGAGCACGGCUUGUUCGCUCUUGUUGGCGUCCUACAAGUAUGGAGAGCUCCAUGCGGAAACGCAGGCGUAUGUGGUCGAGCAUUGGUCGGCGAUCCAGCAAAACCCCGCUUUCCUCGCGGCGAUACAGGAGGUCUCGAACGGACUAUGGGGGCCGGACGGAGGUCUCGUUCUGCAUUCAUUGUUCAAGCGUUUACGAACAUGAUCCCAGAAGCGAUCGUCUCGGAUG